UCUUGUAUUUUUAAUUUAUAAGUUAUUGGUGGUGUGUGGAAUUAUGACAAAGAUCGUUAUAGUCAGUGGUGCGUCUGGGCUUACAGUAUCAUGCUGUUAAUUUGCUCCCAGUAACUAAUGUAUUGGCUGGUUCAUUUGAGAUUUUCUCUGGCAUGUAUUAGACAGUUAUAUAUGUACAUGCUUGGCACUGUCAUUACGCCAAGAGAUUGGGAAAGCACAGAUAACAUUAAGAUAGAUGGUACAACCUCCAGACCUCAGACACUGAAACCAAUAUCAUGCUGUUCUCUGAUGACAAUAGUGGUAUGUCUAAUGGAUUGGGCCUGCCAGUCUGAAGCCCGUUGUUUCCCACUAAUGUGCAAGCCCUGCCCGUCAGAUCUGGUCUCACUGAACUGGCCACAGGCUGGGCGUGUUUGUGUGUUGCAUAAUGUGGUGGAUUUUCAUGCUUUAUCCAAGGACCUCCUGGGCAGGCCAGAGGUGACGGCGAUGGAUUUCAGGAAUUGCAACUGUCUCACUGCAAGUACAUUGUACAGUGCAGCGUUUUAUAGACUUUUAUUUAUUCUAGUACAUACACCAGGAAUUGAUUCCCUCCAAUUAUAAUUUGUAAUUUUGUUAUUCAUUUUGUGGCACAAGCCUGAAAUAAUUAUGUUUUUAUCAUGGAUAUGUAAAAUGGCUUUGAUGCUGUCUAGUCACUGGUAACUGAAUUAUGUAUAUUAAGAAAAGAAUUGGUUAAAAAAACAGUGGUGGGAAACUCUGUCAUAGUCUCCCAGUCAGAUGCUAGAACUUUCAGUUUCCUUACAUGUUAAUGAGACUGGAUGAUUUUCGCCUGGUUUAAUAAUGCUGUCAUUUGUUUAGCAGCAUUACAUUGUCAAAAUUGCUUUAUUAACUGAUAAGCCUACUUUAAACCAGUAUGUUGUAUAGAAUUUUUUAUAUCACUAUGAAGAUAGACUUUCAGAUGUAGCUUAAAUUAACAGAAAUUGGUCCAAAAUAAUGGAGCUGAGUAACAAAGUGGAUGAAUUUUUAAAUGGCAAACCAAGCGCUGUUGCUGUAUAUAAUUGAUGGCAAAUUUUGCUGCAUUAAUUUGAAAAGAUGUGGUCAAGAAAUGUCAAAGCUCAUUUGUGACACUCAGAAAAUUUUAUCUGCACAACUUCCAGAAAUUCUGUUUGACAUAAUAAAUAUGAAACCCCUCUCAUGCUGUAGUCAGGAUAACA